AUAGUAUAUUGUGUGUAUGUACAUCCGUGUAUGCGUAUAUGUUGAAUACGAGUAUUCGCUUAUAGAGUUUUGUUCUUGAUUCGAUUACGUUGUAUGUGAAUUUUCUCUUGAUCGAAAGUCAGUAAUUUUACACAAAACUUUGAAGGACAUAAAAUUGUUACAUUUUAAAGACUUAUCAUCAAUUCAUAAUAAACGUCCGUUUUGACAAGCGUCAUUUUAGUGGCGUCAUCCGGUGAUAAAGAUCCGUCAGUGAAGAAAUGCGGGACGAAAUCGUUACAAACGACUAGUGCUAUCGAUUGACUGUGCGAUUGGUUAAAGCUAGUAUUCUAUGCAAGUAUGGCUGCUUUACCGUCACCCACACAGGUGGCUGGGAGUCAUGAAGCUAUCUAUGAGGCUUAUUACAAUCAGGUGGAUCCCAAUGGGUCAGGAAAAAUUGAGGCUAUGGAUGCUGCGAGAUUUCUUAAAAAAUCCCAAUUAAGUGAUGUAAUACUUAGCAAAAUAUGGGAUAUGGCUGAUCCUCAGUCCAGAGGAUCACUUGAUAAAUCUGGGAUGUUUGUCGCUUUAAAAUUAUGUGCCUUUGCUCAGGCUGGACGUGAACUAAAUAUGGCUAAUUUGAGUCAAGAUAUACCUCCGCCUAAAAUGGGUGAUAUUCCGCCGAUAGUAAAAAAAACUCCAGCUGUUCCUCCUCCACCACUCAUAAGUUCAGUUAGUAAUGGUGAUUGGUCAAUUAAACCAACUGAACGUAUUAAAUAUGACUGUCUGUUUGACAGUUUACAACCUACUAAUGGUUAUAUACCAGGUAAUAAAGUUAAAGGAGUCUUAAUUAAUAGUAAAUUACCAUUGGAUACUCUUGGUAAAAUUUGGGAUCUCGCUGAUAUUGAUAAAGAUGGAAUGCUUGAUAGACAUGAAUUUGUUGUGGCUAUGCAUCUAGUCUACAAAGCACUAGAAAAACAUGCAAUUCCAAGUGUCUUACCACCAGAAUUAAUGCCACCAGGAAAAAGAAAAGAUACGCCUUUAAUAAGUGAUACAACUGAGCCAAUAAAAGCACCGCCAAUACCACCGUUACCCAAUGCAUCUGCAAUCAAUAAUUUAGUAGGUCUACAAUCUACUAAGCCUUUACAACCACAAUCACAGCCACAAACACAAUGGGUAGUUACACCAGAAGAUCAAGCAGCAGCAGAUAAAUUAUUUUUACAAGCUGAUAUGGAUAUGGAUGGAUUUGUUUCUGGUACAGAAAUUAAAGAUGUAUUUCUUCAGAGUGGACUUCCACAAACUGUUUUAGCUCACAUAUGGGCCCUUUGUGAUUUAGGUCAAAGUGGUAAAUUAAACAAAGAACAGUUUGCUUUAGCCAUGUGGCUUAUAAAACAAAAGUUGAGAGGAAUCGAUCCACCUUCAUCUCUUACACCCGAAAUGAUGCCACCAUCUUUGAGAAAGUUCACAGAUGGAGGAAUAGUGGAAAAUAAUAAUGUAUCUGGUUAUUCUAAUCCUGAACUUGAUAUGAUAAGUAAGGAUAUUGCGGAAUUAGCUCGAGAAAGACGUACAAUGGAACAAGAUAUUGCGCAAAAAGAAGCUGAUAUUAAAAUUAAGAAUGGCGAGAUCAAAAGUUUGCAAAGUGAAUUGGAUACUUUAGCUGCCACGUUGAAACAAUUAGAAAAUCAAAGAGGAGAAGCCCAAAAGCGCCUUAAUGAUCUAAAAGCACAGCGAGAAGAAAUUGAGAAAGAAUUAAGUGAAGUUGAACGAGAAACACGUGAAGAGCAGGAAAAGGUGGAUAAAUUACGCCAACAAGCUGAAGAACAAGAGACAGUUCUGCGAGCUCAAGAAGAAGAGCUAAAUAGUAAACGCCAAGAAUUAGAAGGCCUUCGUCAAGAAGAACAGCAACUUGAACAACAACAAAAUAAAAGUAGAGAUCAACUAAAUGAAUUAACGAAAAAUUUACAAAAUACUCAACUUCAAAUAAGCCAAGCAAAAGCUAAAAUCACUCAUUUAGAAGAACAACAACGACAGAUGACUGAUGCAAUUGCCAUUUAUGAUUCAGCAAUAGCUGCAGGAGAUCCUAGUCUUGUUCCAGAUACUAGUCUACAAUUUAAUCCAGAAAUUGAAGAAUUAGAGUUAAAUGAAGAUAAUUCGACUAAAAUCAACGGAAUAAAGGAAGGAGAAGCCAAAGUUGUUGACUCAUUUGCCGGUGCCAAUGGAUCUUCAGAUGCGUUUGGAGAUCAAAAUGAUCCAUUUAGUUCUAGUAAAGCAAAGAAUGCCUUUGAAAGUGGAGAUGGAGAUCCAUUUGCUAACUUUGAUAAGCAAACAAUAUCAUCUAACUUUACAAGUGAUCCAUUUGCUGCAAAAGAAAAACAAGAUCCAUUCGCGCCAUUUGAUGAUAACAAAAAAAAUGAUAAAUCUACUACAGAAGUAGCAAAAGAUCCAUUUGGUGAUGAUCCCUUUGCCAAUUUACAUGCCCCUACUCGUCCAGAAAGCCCUAGUCCUGCUCUUCCACCAAAAAAAGCUAAACAACCACCACCUAGACCUGCACCCCCUCGUCCAUCUUCUGGGCCAACACCAAUGCGAGCAGCUCCUGCUCCUCCAACACCAUCGCCAACACCUGAUCCAUUUAUUAAUACCAAUUCAGAUCCAUUCGCUUCUCAAAAUGACAAUAAUAAUCCAAAAUUCAAUACUUCGGGCGGAGGAUUUGCUGAUUUUGCUAACUUUGAUGCUAAGCCGGAUCUUGUUCCUACUCGAACUGCACCAACAAGGCCGUUAAGCAGACCACGCAUUACACCAACACCAACUCCAAAGCUACCAGACUUUACUGAGGAUCCAUUUCGAGACUACCGCUAUGAAGAUCCAUUUGAAAUUGCCGAUCCAUUUGCCGAUGAUGAUGAUUUAAAUGCAAAUAAGAAAACCCAAGAUAAAUUAAUCAGCGAAGGACGUACUGUUGAUCCAUUCGGAUUGGAAACAACAGCAUCUUCAAUUCAAGCAACUAGCUUUUCUUUUAACGACAAGGAUUCCUUUGAUAAAGGAUUUGAAUCAGACUUUUCAAAAACAUUUCCUUUAGCUAAAAUAAAUAAUAUUAACAAAUCUAACAACAGUUUAACAGACUCCAAGAAUAAUUCCACAAGAAAUGUUAAUGAGGUUGAUUUUGAGAACAAUGCUAUCAAUUCAGUGAAUAAACCUAUUAAUUUUGAUGAAGCUUUUGCAUCAAAUAAAACGAUAAAAACUCAUAAUCGUUCUGAACGGAAUAUAGCUCAUGUUUUUAAAGAUAUAUUUACAAGUCAUGGUAAUUCUAACAAAGUAAAAAACAAUGGUAGUGCGACUUGGAAUGGUCGAAAAGAAAUGUCAAAAAUGAUUACAGAACAAGAACAACUUGCUUGGGCGUCUCAACAAAGUUUGCAUGCAGAAGAAGAACGACGUCGGCGUAAAGCUCAAGAAGAAGCUGACUUUGCUCUUGCUCUUGAACUUAGUAAACAAGAAAAUGCAGGCAAGUUUUAGAAUGGCAUGAA